UUGUGCGCUCAAUUGGUUUAGACGUGUGCACGGUUAUUAUUAUAUUUUUUUUUUGCCACUGCGAGUUCUUUGAGCCGCUCUUCAACGGCGUACAGCGUGUGAGGCAUAGAGCAGAAGAACAACAAACAAAGCUGUUUCUGAAGAGUUAUUUUCGUUUUUGGCUAUGAAAAUGAUUGGCAGCGAUUACGUACUGGAAGCACACAACAUAUUCCACACCACCGAGGUUGACGGUGGUGGCUGCUUCAAUGGUGCCGGCAACUCGGCGCUGGUGCUCAAAGGCGUCAACCUUACCGUGCACAGUGGUGAGGUGAUGGCCAUUCUGGGCUCCAAGGGGAGCGGCAAACGCGCAUUGCUAGACGUCAUAGCCAGGCGCGCAGAUGGCGCCACUCGUGGUCAGGUGCUGCUCAAUGGAUCGCCGCUGAGCAAGGCGCUGUUCCAGCAACGCUGCGGCUAUGUAACCCAAUCCUGCACCUUUGUGCCCGGCCUGACAGUGGCCCAGACACUACACUAUACGCCCACCAUUCUGGGUGGAUAUUUGAAGAGCUCCAAGGUGCGUCAGGUGCUGGCAGAUCUGGCGCUCUCGCAGGUGGCCCACAAGCGUGUGGAGUACCUGAACAUCAGCGAGGCCAGACGCCUGGCCAUUGGCAUACAGCUGGUCCGAGAUCCGGUCAUGCUGCUGCUGGAUGAGCCCACGCAGGGCCUGGAUCCAUUGAGCGCCUAUCUGCUCAUCUCCAUACUCUCGAAUACGGCCAAGAAGACGGGCUGCGGCAUUUUGUUGUCGCUGGAGAAGCCACGCUCCGAUGUCUUUCCCUUUUUGGAUCGUGCGCUGUUUUUGUGCCUGGGCGGAGUUGUCUACUCGGGCGGCACUCGAGCCAUGUUGGAGUACUUUCAUGCCAUUGGUUUUCCCUGUCCCCAGUUGGAGAAUCCGCUCAUGUAUUAUCUGUGCCUCUCCACUGUGGAUCGUCGCAGUCGCGAUCGUUUUCUAGAGUCCAGCCAACAGAUUGAGGCGCUCGUGGAGCGCUUCUCCAGAGAAACACCCAUUUCCGAUGCCUCGCUGAACAACAUGGGCUCGGGCAAGGUUCCACUGGCCUAUGGCAAGCCCGGUGAACUCAAAGUUUGGAUCAUGCUCUAUUUAAAACUCCUGGCCUCCACCUUUUCGUGUGGUGUGGUCGGUAUGAAGACGCUCUUCCUCCGUUUGCUGGUCCUGCCCAUAGCCAUGGCCAUAUUGUGGGCCUUCUACACGAAUCUCGGCGAUGAUGCGAGUGGCUUCUUUACCCGAAAUGGCUUGAUACUGAAUAUACUUGGUCUGUCCUAUGGCUGCGGCAUUUUGGCCACCAUAUCUUUAUUUCCCAUUUGGCGCAAAAAGUUCUCCCAGGAUACACCGGAGGGUCUCUAUUCGGGCACCACGCUGCUCGUUGCCUACAAUUCCGUUUCCAUACCCUUCUCAGCGGUCUCUGCAGUCUUGGCGAGCUGUGUUGUCUACCCCUUGCUACUGGAUACCAAGUUCAAUAAUGGCACCGUUUUUGCCUAUCUCUUUGUGGCACUAUGGUCCAGCUUUGUCCUGGCCGAACAGAUGAGCAUAUCGUUUCUGCUGGUGGUGAAGGUGCCCUUCAAUGCAGCCAUUGCAGUGACCUAUGUGCUGGUCAUAAGCAUUGCCUUAGCCAGUGGCACCGUGCGCUCCUUUAAGGGCUUGCAGCCCUGGCUGCAGGACAACACUAAGGGCACGCACACACGUUACGCCUCCUCGCUGCUGCACAGCAUCGCCUUUCAGACGCGCAAGCUGAACUGCACGCCCACCGCCUCCGUGAUUUGCCCCAAGCCAGCGGACUUUAUGCACGAACGCUUGGGCCUGCCCGAUCCAGAUGAAACUAUUGAUGUGGCUGCGUCCUGCGCUUUUGCUGUGGGCUUGGCUGCCUUCAAUAUGCUGCUUUAUUUAUUCCCAAUGCCGCGCUGCGUGCGUCAGAAAUUUAAAGACUAAGCGCCGCAAUUUUAACUGCAUUGCACACAUUUUAACUAAUUUAAUUUAUAUGCUUUAAGAUAAACUAAACUAAAA